GGCUCGUGUUCCUCUCCCCUCCCUUCCCGAGGCUUCCGCUUCCUGUUCUGACGGACGCUCCGGCCGUAACAAUGAUCGGGGACAUCCUGCUGUUUGGGACGCUGUUGAUGAACGCCGGGGCGGUGCUCAACUUUAAGCUGAAAAAGAAGGACACGCAAGGCUUUGGGGAGGAGUCAAGGGAGCCCAGCACAGGUGACAACAUCCGGGAGUUCUUGCUGAGCCUCAGAUAUUUUCGAAUCUUCAUCGCCCUAUGGAAUGUCUUCAUGAUGUUCUGCAUGAUCGUGCUCUUUGGCUCCUGAGCUCCAGAUACAGAACCAGAAACCUUCUCAGAGUGUCUCUUCCUCCAUUCCUGACGACUUCAAGAAUGUUUCUGACCAGAAAACCGGUGACCUUCCCAGAAAGUCCAAGCUUGUGGUGGGUGGAAAAAAUGUUCGCCAAGAUGAACACAGUUUCCCAGCCACGUCACUGUUUUCUUUUCAAAGAUAUUUUCACUUUGAUCUCUGCCUUGAAAUGCUGUCUACUUAAAAGAGUUUGAAGGGUGUUUAUGUGAGGGGCUGUGGUAUCUAGAUUGUUUAAUCAGAUCAGAAUCCCUCUUCUACCAAACUUUCACUGGAAACCCAUUUCUGGGUAUUUCUUGGUUUGUUUUUAAUAACCAUCCUUUUUUGGUUCAAAUUAUACAGAUUUUUAAAAAUCUUUUUUAUCCAGGGAUCUGAAGCAGAAAGGUUGGCUUUUAAGUUUGAUGCAGCCUCUUAUUGGACUGCAUUUAUGAGGAAUGAACAAGUUCAUUGUUGCUGCGUCUGUGUCCAAAUUCCUUCCCCAUCCCAAUGGGCUCUGCUUGGCCACUCCAUGCUGCUGAGGUUGUCCCCAGGACUUGAAGGGUGAAGUGUUAUGGGUUCCUGUGGAAGAGAGGUGCAGAGCAGUUGGCAGGGUGGAUGGGGGUUUUAUGAGAAACUUUGCCUUGCCUUGAAGCCCUCUAUUAAAGUAACUUUUGGGGCCAUUAAUUGUAUAGUUUCUAGAAUGAGAGUGAUUUAUGUGGUGAUAUUGGGACUCAGUUCUGAAAGCUUGGGUUUUGGGGUCUGCUUUUCAAGUGGAUGAUUUCAAGGUUGAAAAACAAACCUCAUUGGAGGAAAUACAGCAUUUUGCAUAGAAGCUUCUCUGGUUUAAUCGCCAACAUGACACUUGGGUGGUCAGUGCCCGGAUCCUACAGGUGUUUGAUUUGUUUGUUGUGGUUUUUGAAAUCCUAACUUGCAGGUAACCUGGUGGGAGGAAUAAAUAAAUAUGCAGGCUCUUAGAACUAAACAGCAUUGAAAAUAAAGCUCAUGUAUGAAAAGGA